AUGGUUCUAAUAUGGGCUGAUUUGUUGGCGACUUACGUGACGUGGAUAAUGCAGAAGUACUUAACAGAUGUUUGGAAAGUUGGGUUUACUCAUGCUGCAGGAAUAAUGAAUGUAUACACUGGCCUAACUAAAUUGUUCCCUUUUAUUCUUUUCUUAUUUGGGGACUUUGGAGUGGAUAACUACUGGAUACUGCUUCUCUCAAGUAUAGCCUUUUCCUCUGGCUUGGGUUUUCUGUCAAUGUCUACGCCACCAGCACUGCACAAGUUAACGCACACCUGUGCUAAUUACCAGCCUAAUUGCAUUGGUCACACACAGAAGGCUAUCUUUUACACAGGUCUGGCGUUGACAGCUGUUGGAGUGAGUGGGCACAUUGUUUCAUUAGCUGCAUUUGCAUUGGAUCAGCUUGAAAGGGGGCAAGUUGUUGAUAAAACAAGCAACAGGCAACAAAGCCCUCAGCCUGAAGAGGAUAUAUCAAAACUUCAGUUUCAACCAGUAGAAGCAAUGUUGGAGCUUUUUAACAGACAGAACCAAAGAAACGGAAGCAGCAUAUCGGGCCUAAGAUUAUCAGGCGUUAUCUUUGUGCUCAUUGUCGCGGUUAUUGCACUAAUUGCACUUCCAUACAUACAGCCAUGGAAACUUCGGUUUGGAAUUCCAGCAAUUUUCACGCUGGCAGCAACACUUCUUUUCAUUCAGGGUUCAUGCGAAUACCAGGGCAGCAGACUUGGGUUCUCUGACAGGGAUAUCAGGACUCAAAGUCAAAAAAGACGGGUCAUAAUCCGUAUGCUUCCAGUUUGGAUCACCUGCAUAAUUUGUUCUGUAGUUACUUCCGUGGGAAACACAUUCUUCGUAGAGCAAGCAAGCCACCUGAAUUACAAGGUUGGGAAAUUGAAGUUUCCUGAUUCAACCCUUCUGUUGCUAUAUGAAGCAGCGAAGUUGGGUUUUAAAAGGGUAUACAACCGUAUGGAAGUGGCAGGCGGAAGAAUGUAUGCACCAGCAACUGGAAUUGCAUUAGCUACAAUAUGCUCAGCAUUAUGUUGCAUAUUUGCGGCCAUUGCAGAAACUCACAGGAUACAUGUGAUAAGAAGUGAUGGUUUAAUUGACAAGCCUAACGAGAAAAUCCCCAUGACUGUCUUUUUGCUUGUUCCGCAAUUCUUUCUUCUUGGUGGGCUAGACUCAUUUUAUGAGAACAGUGUUGCAGCAUUCUUGAAUGAUCAAAGUCCCCCAUCGAUGAAAAAGUACCUUGUCUACCUCAAUCCUGGAUUAUCCGGUCUGGGAAUCAUGGGAAGUGUUUUAUCAGUUCAUUUGGUGGGCAAGAUUAGCGAGAAAGGAGGGAACAAGAGUUGGUUUCAGCAUGACUUGAAUGAGAGUCACUUGAAUUACUAUUAUUGGGUGCUUGCCGGUCUGAGCGCUGCAAAUUUCCUCUGGUUUUUGUUGACGGCCAUAUGUUUCCCAUUCCCUGAUACAGAACCAGUUUCAAGUGAUACCAAACCCAAGACAACUGGAAAUGAGCUCCAGAAUGGCGACUUACUCACUCUCAUAACAGAAAAUACAUGA